CUCUGCGCUCGUUGCGCCACCCUCGUUCUGCCAGCGAGAGUCUUCCUGUGCGUGUAACCCUGAGCAGCGGGUUUGGUCACACUCAUCAUGAGUGCUUGUGUUCUCGCAGGAUGUGGUGAGCGCGAGAGGUGGUACCGCUCUCAGCUCGCGCGGUGACGGUCGGGACAGCGAGACGUGGCUCGGACAGCAGCUGGAAGACUCGAGCGAGUUAAAGUUCGUUGGAAAGGGCGGGAAAUCACGGGCCGACGGCCGCCCCAUACAAAGCAAGGUCGGGUGGGGAGCAAUUUAGGGAGCAGCGCUGAUCCAGUCAUCUGGGCUCCUGGGAAGAGCCCGGAACCGAGCGACGCGACUCGUUUUGUUUUCUGACAAAGAUUUGUAAACGUUUGAGAUGUUUCUGUAGAAGCUCUCUUAGUUGUUUAGUUUUUACUUUUGUUGUUUGUUUUGGAUUUGUGUACUUUGGAGAUGAGUGCGUCAGUGAACGGAGUGGAACCCAAACCCGCACCGGCGGCCAGUCUGAACGGACCGGGUUCUGUUCCUCCGAGCCCCACCGAUGUCAAUACACCCGAGCCGGUGCUACCGGACGAGGAGCCGCAGUCCGCGGUGACGGACACCACGCAGAUGGGAAUCAUGUUCGCCAAGACAUUCCUGUUGAUUUUGCCCAUAUACGUGCUGGGAUAUCUGGAGUUCAGCUUCAGCUGGGUCCUCAUCGUCCUGGCCGCGCUGUUCUGGCUCAGACGGAACCAGGGAAGCAGAUUCGCUCCGGUGAACCGGGCGCUGGCGUUUCUGGAGCAAGAGGAGCGAGCGGUGCGUCAGAGCGUCCGGAGCUCAGAGCUGCCGCCGUGGGUUCAUUUUCCAGAUGUGGAGAGAGUGGAGUGGCUUAACAAGACUGUACAUCAGAUGUGGCCAUAUAUUUGUCAGUUUGUAGAUAAAAUCUUCAGAGACACCAUUGAACCGGCAGUGCAGGGAGCCAAUGCGCACCUUAGUACUUUUACCUUCUCCAAGAUAGACAUGGGGGACAAGCCUCUCAGGGUGGAUGGAGUGAAAGUUUAUACAGAGAAUGUAGAUAAACGACAGAUUAUUAUGGAUCUACAGAUCAGUUUUGUCGGAAACACUGAAAUUGAUGUGGAUAUUAAGAAAUACUAUUGCCGUGCAGGAAUCAAGAGCAUACAGCUUAAUGGUGUGUUGAGGGUCAUCAUGGAGCCAUUGCUAGGAGAUAUGCCACUGAUUGGUGCACUGUCUGUGUUCUUCCUCAAGAAACCUUUACUGGAUAUAAACUGGACAGGUCUUACAAAUAUGCUAGACAUCCCUGGAAUAAAUGGUCUGUGUGACCGCACUAUUCAGGAUAUCAUAUACAGUUUUCUCGUGCUUCCAAACAAAAUCACUAUUCCACUUGUAAAUGAUGCACAGAUUUCCAGACUCCGCUUCCCCAUGCCAAAGGGUAUUCUGCGGAUUCACUUUCUGGAGGCACAGGACCUGGUAGGGAAGGACAAGUUUCUGGGUGGCCUGAUAAAAGGAAAGUCAGACCCAUAUGGUGUCAUUAAGCUGGGUAAUCAGCUCUUCAGAUCCAAAAUCAUCAAAGAGACAGUUAAUCCUAAGUGGAACGAAGUUUAUGAGGCAUAUGUGUACAAUCACCCAGGACAGAAUGUGGAGAUAGAGCUUUAUGAUGAGGACCAUGAUAAGGAUGAUUAUUUGGGAAGCCUUACCAUCAACAUAGAUGAACUAGAGAAGGAACAGAAAGUAGAUGAGUGGUUUGUACUUGAUGAUGUUGCUACAGGAAAGCUUCACCUGAAGAUUGAAUGGCUUUCUCUUCUCCCUACACCUGAUAAACUCGAUGAGGUUUUAAGCAGCAUUAAAGCAGAUAAAGGCCAGGCCAAUGAUGGACUGUCAUCAGCAUUACUGUUGGUGCAUCUGGACUCAGCCAAAAAUCUGCCACGCAAUCCUUUAGAAUUCAACAAUGCAGGUCUGAAGAAGGGUACAGUCAAUAAAGCGAUAAAGUCUGGUAAAAAGGUCACCAAUGUGCCCAGUCCAUUCGUCCAGUUUACUGUGGGACACAAAUCCUUUGAGAGCAAGACAAGAUAUAAAACCAACGAGCCGCUUUGGGAGGAGGCCUUCACAUUCCUGAUCCACAAUCCAAAGUGUCAAGAACUUGAAGUGGAGGUAAAGGAUGAGAAGCACGAGUGUUCCCUCGGGACGUUUUCUCUUCCUCUGUCAAAGCUGCUGCAGGAGGAUCAGAUGACUAUCAGUCAGCGAUUCCCACUCAGGAACUCAGGACCCGGCUCUACGCUUAAGAUGAAGAUGGCACUUAGGAUUCUCUCUAUGGAUAAGUUGGCAGUAUCAGAUCAGCCGUCCUCAGUGCAGAUCCGCCGCCCCAGCGAGACCCCCAACCCCUCUCCUCAGCGGCCCAAUGUUUCAGAGCCCAUCCCAGCAUCCAAAACCCAGCAGCCGACCCCAGCACCCAGAACCCAACCCUCCCCGCGGGUGGAGCCCCUAAUAGACAGCAGGCCAUUAGAGGACUCACCUACCCGUCUGGCUAAAUCGGGGCGGAGCACGUCUAACCUGGCCAUCUCUGGCUCUGAGCUACACCUAAACAGCAAAGAGCCGACACCCAGCAUAGCAUCUGACAUCUCUAACCCCAGCACCGCCCAGGAGCUCCAGAAGACAAUACACCGAUUACAGAAUGGAGCCUCAACUGGUUUCGCUCCAUUGGGUGAAAUUCAGUUAACCAUCAGACACAGUCCCCAAAGAAACAAACUAAUUGUCGUGGUACACGGCUGCAGGAAUCUGAUCUCUUCUACUGAAAGUGGUUCUGAUCCAUAUGUCCGUUUGUAUUUGCUGCCUGAUAAACGACGCUCUGGACGCAGAAAAACAAACACGAUGAAGAAAACAGUGAAUCCGGUCUAUGAUCAAACGUUUGAAUUCAGCGUAUCACUUGUGGAGUUGCACAGAAGAACACUAGAUGUGGCUGUGAAGAAUGGAGGAGGAAUUCUGUCAAAACACAGAGGGCUGCUGGGAAAGGUGUUAGUUGACUUGACCUCUGAGGAUAUAUCAAAGAGCUCAACGCAAUGGUAUGAGCUUUCAGUGGACGGGCUGAAGCGACAAUCCCCUUAAUCACAGGAACCAACUUCUUUCUGCCUACACAUACUGUAUUAAAAAACUACAAAUCCCUACGCAAGACUCAAAACCUCAGCCAUAUUUAAGCCAUGUGUUUUAGCCCUGGGCAAAAUUGGUACAUGUUGGAUCUUCAGAUUUGAUCACUUUUAAUAGAUUUACAGUGUGAAAGAAGAAAAAACGCUAUUGAUGUUAUGUGCACUCACUUAGCCAGAGUGAAAGAGAGAAUGAGAGAGGGAGAGUGUUUAGAAAGAUUUUUAAAGUUA